AUGUUGGCGUAUGGUGCAUCUGCUGAUCAGGUGGAUGAGAUUGCCCGGAUGGGGAAGUCCACUGCCUUGGAGAGUUUGGUUAGAUUUUGUGAUGCAGUUGAAACUCUGUACACCAGGGAUUACCUGCGCCAACCCACGCCCAGGGACCUGCAACGACUUUUGCAGAAAGUUGAACGGAGAAGAUUUCCAGGAAUGAUUGGUAGCAUCGAUUGCAUGCAAUGGCAAUGGAAGAAUUGUCCAACUGCUUGGCAAGAUGAGUACCGAAAUCAGAAAGGCCAAAAAAGCAUCAUCAUUGAAGCCGUUGCAGAGGGUUACAGAAAGGAUGUGGAGAGGUGCUUUGGUAUCCUCCAAGCUCGGUGGGCGAUCAUUAGGGGUGCAGCGCAUAUGUUUGAUGAGGAGGUGUUGAGGGGCCUCAUGAUGACAUGCAUCAUCCUUCAUAACAUGAUUGUGGAGGAUGAGUAUGAUUACGAAGCUAAAGAGGUGUACGAACCCGAUCCCAUGAACACGGCCUUGACCCGAAUUUAUGAAAAACCAAUAGGGUUAAAUGGAGCACCAGUGGAGCAUGAACUGUUGGUUAGAGAUGGUCUUUUCAUGAACCGUAUGAUUGAUCGAUAUACGGAGAUGCAAUCUUCAUAUAUUCAUGAACGCCAUCAAGUUGACUUAAUAGAGCAUUUAUGGGCGGUGAAAGGCAAUGACGGUGAAUGA